CUCAAGGUAAUCACAAGUGGAGUAGUGGGAUCAUCAUGAGGAACUCACUUAGCUGCGUAUGCGGUAACUCAUGGUAAGGUUGACUCGAACCAGAGGAUAGGCCAGGGUGUACAGCCCCAGAAUCUCGUAAUGGAAUUCGUACGUUAAAACUCGCAACACCCGGAACAAGCCUGGUAGUGAAGUGGUGAAUCAAACUGACCGGCACUAGUGAAAGUCAGAUUCGUGAGGAACAAGCCGGGUCUAGUCAAAUUUGAGGCUGCACCGACCAAAUCAUUACCUUGCGUCAAUUGUUGUAGCACCGUGUUCCUAGAUACCAAAGAUGCCUUAUAUUCGAUUGACGGACGUUCCCUUUUGGAUUGCCCACACAAGAAUGGUGUGCACGUUUAAUAUGUACAUGCAUGGUCCGGGCAGAGCGAGGCUUCAUGGCAAACUAUCGCCGCAAUUCAAUAUCUCCAGUGGCGCGAGACGAAGUUGUCUGUUUUCACCAUUACUCUUUAACUUCGCCAUUGACGAAGUUAUGGAGACUGCCUUCACUAAACACGACCUACAAGAUGUGCAGUUGCACCCAGAUGAUGGAGUUCUUGACUUGGAGUAUGCCAACGACAUUUCCUUCAUUGGUGACCGCUGCCAAACUUGUCGAGCAGCUCCGGACAAAUUAGAGCUGGCUGUCAAUGGUUUUAAACUUUGAUUUUCUCCCACGAAAUGCCUGUCAAACGACCUCCUCGUGGUGUCAGC